AUGUAUGACCAGGUCGGGAAGAUAUUUUUUUUGAAAUGCAGAACUCCUCGUGUGUAUUCACAAAUGGGAAUUUGGAGUGAAAUUGAAGCAUAUACUGAAAUAAUUGUGUUUGACUGGAACAAAAUUCUUCCUAAAUCCCCAAGAAUGAGAUUCCAUGCCAAAUCAAUGCUCCUCUCCCAUUGGCUGUUUCUGGCAUAUCUCUUAAUGGUGUGCGGUAAACUGUUGUCCGCUUCGAGCCUACAUUCCCGAGGGCAAACAGGGCACUAUCAGGUAAAGCAAGGAACAUGCGAGGUUGUUGCAAUUCAUCGUUGCUGCAAUAGAAAUCGUAUUGAAGAGCGGUCACAAACUGUGAAGUGCUCGUGCUUUCCUGGACAGGUUGCUGGGACCACCAGAGCGCGGCCUUCCUGUGUUGAAGCGUCAAUUGUCAUCCAAAAAUGGUGGUGUCAAAUGAAUCCUUGCAUGGAAGGCGAAGAAUGCAAAGUUUUACCAGAUCUUUCUGGCUGGUCAUGCAGCAGCGGAAAUAAAAUCAGAACUACAAAGGUAACUCGGUAGCAAUGAUGUAGCAAAGGAUUUGAAAGCUUUUCACUCACAACAUGGACUUGUCAGAUAAAUAUAUUCUGGACUUUUGCAUUAACUGACCAUAUGGAUGAAAACCUACAUUUUCACCAACUGAUUGCAAAUCAGAUUUUACAUUUUACAUUUCUUAGGAGAUGCAAAAAAAAAGGACGUAGAUGCAAUUGGCGUUGCUAGAAACUGUUCAGAUACUACAAGACUUUAAAACAGGACAAACGUUAAUACCAGGAUAGGAUUUCCUUUCAACCCUUAAAUAUGAACAAUUUUUGAAAAACAUGGAGGUCAAAUGAACAUUGAGAAAAAAGAAAUCUUAGAAAUCUAUUGUUGACCACUAUCUCUGAUAACAAACAGCAAUACUGCAUUUAUAUAUUGCUCUGAUACCAAAUGAACUCAUAUAAAGAAUAAAAAUGUAUUUUGAAUGUGAUAGAUAGGUAAGUAUAAUCCAGACUUUGGGGUGAUUUGGCAUUUUCAAUAAUUCAUAAGUUACUUUGUAUUACUAUUUUUUGCUUUACCUGGGUGCCCAAUUAAAAAGAUUAUUACACAUUUUUCCUGUCCAUCAAGUUCAAUAAUUGUCAAAUGAAUACACUUUGCAUGUACAGACACAGUGCCCUAAAGAAAAAAACCUGCUUAGGUCCAGAGAGAACUUGUUCAGUAGCUUUUGGAACAUACUAUCUUAAUGCUAUUUUUUUGUGAUUAAAUUACACUGGCAAAAAAUGUAAUAAUAACAACCAAAUAUUAUUGAAUAGUAACGUAAAAGCAAAAUCAUAAGCUUUUUUCUGGUUUUACUUCAUUAAUAACUUUUUUUUUCUGCUGUUGCUGUUGUACAUUUUGCUGUUUUAAGGAGUAUUUUUUAUAAUGUAGAUAAAAAAUAACAUUAACGUAAAUCAAUGUAAUUGGCUUUCUUGGAAAGAUUCAAACACCCUUGAAGUGAAAUUUUUAUGUUCUUGUUUUCAAUAAAAGAUGUGUUUUCCUGAUGU